UAGUUAAAAGGGGCCCCACACAUUUUUCGCCACGUCACCGCCCCGCUUUCCUUAAUAUAGAUCCGCGUGCCCCCGCCACACCGAGUCAAUAGUCUGGAAAAAAAAAACAGAAAAGCCAAGGCGUAAAUUAGCAGAAGCCAGUGACAAAUUUCGUGAAACUCGCUAAAAUGCACGGAGGGAAUGCUUCUGGAUCAUCAUCACCAGCUGAUCGCAGGUUGAGCGCUCUCGUUCGCCAUCUCGAAGGAUCCUCGCGUGACGGCAUCGACGCCGGAAACCACUCCAUCGCCGCCGCACCAACCUCUGGCUCUUAUGGAGGCCGAAAUUCUGUCUUCGAUCAUGUUGUUAUGGGGCCUGAAGAUCCUAUUCUCGGCGUCACUGUUGCAUACAACAAAGACCCGAGCCCUGUGAAGAUGAAUUUGGGAGUUGGUGCAUAUCGAACAGAGGAAGGAAAACCUCUUGUUUUGAAUGUUGUGAGAAGAGCAGAGCAGAUGUUAGUGAACGACAGCUCUCGAGUGAAGGAGUAUCUUCCGAUCGUUGGAUUGGCAGAUUUCAAUAAAUUGAGUGCCAAACUCAUACUCGGUGCUGACAGUCCUGCAGUACAAGAAAACAGGGUCACUACUGUUCAGUGCUUGUCUGGUACAGGCUCGUUGAGGGUUGGAGCUGAGUUUUUAGCUCGACAUUAUCACCAACACACUAUUCUAAUUCCACAGCCAACGUGGGGAAACCAUCCAAAAGUGUUUGGUUUGGCAGGAUUGUCGGUAAAGACUUACCGCUACUACGAUCCAUCUACUCGUGGACUCGAUUUUGAAGGCUUGAUGGAAGACCUUGGAUCUGCACCUUCAGGAGCGAUUGUGCUUUUUCAUGCAUGUGCUCAUAACCCAACCGGUGUUGAUCCUACUGCUCAACAAUGGGAGCAGAUUAGACAGCUGGCAAGAUCGAAGGCUCUGCUACCCUUCUUUGAUAGUGCUUAUCAGGGUUUUGCCAGUGGAAACUUGGAUACAGAUGCACAGUCAGUUCGGAUGUUCGUAAAAGAUGGGGGUGAAUGUAUUGUGGCUCAAAGCUUUGCGAAAAACAUGGGGCUUUAUGGGGAGCGUGUCGGCGCCCUAAGCAUUGUUUGCCGGAACGCUGAUGUGGCAGGCAGGGUGGAGAGCCAGUUGAAAUUGGUUAUAAGGCCAAUGUAUUCGAAUCCUCCCAUUCAUGGAGCAUCCAUUGUGGCAACAGUCCUCAAGGACAGAAAUAUGUUCCAAGAAUGGACGGUUGAGCUGAAGGCUAUGGCCGACCGCAUUAUCAACAUGCGCACGCAACUAUUCGACGCUUUGCGUAGUAGAGGCACACCUGGCGACUGGAGUCACAUUAUCAAGCAAAUUGGGAUGUUCACAUUCACUGGACUUAACUCGAAACAAGUAGCCUUUAUGACAAAGGAAUACCACAUCUACAUGACCUCCGACGGGCGAAUUAGUAUGGCUGGUCUGAGUUCAAGGACAGUGCCACACCUUGCAGAUGCAAUACAUGCUGCUGUUACAAGACUUGCCUGAGAGUGUUCUUCAACACUCUGAUUUUAUUUCUAUCUUUUUUUUUUUGUGAAAAAUAAAUGACGUGGACCAAACACUUCCUAGGGCAUAAUAAGGUUCUGUAGUAUCAGGUUAUUUGUACUUCUUCAUAGCUAAAUAAAUUUAUAUGUUUUAUUUUAA